GCUUACUGAUGACACUUACAGCACAUGGGCAGAAAUUAAACGCAUCAGCGAUUACUGAACGACAGCCACCGGCACCACAGCGAGGCACGCGAGCCCUUCACAUUUCACAGCCGCAGCGACUCCCGAGAGACGUGACAACCGUUUUCUUUUAUUUACUGUGGGUUGACGAUGAUGAUGCUGUAGGUGGAAGCGGCUGUUUUGGGCGGACUGAGUCCGAACUGGAAACAGAGCGGCAUCAGCAUCACAGAUGGAGGGCCUUUGCUGGAGCUGGUGUUUGAGGGAGAUUUUAAGGCUGUCCUCUUCAGCUGUGCGGUGCGUGGGCUGCUGGGAGGACCACCUGAAGAGGGCGACAGUAUCGAGACCUGGCUGGAGAGACAGGUGCUCUCUUACCUGAUCAACGGCACUGAAGACCAGAGGAAUGACAGAGAAACCGUUUUGCUGGCCAUGGCUGUUGGGUGUAUGAACCUUUUCGCUCAGAGUAAUUGGACCGGGCCACCAGUUGAGCUCCAAAUCUCUGACUUCUUGCCUGAGGCCUUACUCCAGAGCAACUCGCAGCCCACAUCCCUGAACACGGCUGUGUUAUCCAGUCUUCAGUUGGAUGGAGAGUGUGUCUACAGUCUGGUGUCCAACCCCAUCCUUCUUCUGCUGACCAGAGUCAUACUCGUCCACUGUGGGGCCAAACUGGAGAGCCUUCAGUUGCUGCCCUGGUGGACGCUGAGAUAUGUUACUCUACAUCAACAGAUACUAGAGGAAAGAUCUCCAGAGCUCCUGAACCUGGCGCUCAGCUGCAUAGAGAAAGUGUGUAAAUGCGAGGAGUUGUUCAACAACAUCACACACCGGAAUCUGGCCAUUCAGUUCCACCUGGAGUGCAGUUACACCUGCCUGACCUACUAUGAGUAUCACAGGGCCAAACAACACUUGCAGAUGGCCCGAGAUCUAUUAGCACUGGACAUAAACAUGACAGGUGCGCUAGGAAAAAGAACCCGUUUUCAAGAGAACUUUCUUGCUCAGCUUAUCUUGGAUGUGAAGCGGAAGGAUAGCUCACCUAUUCUUGAAUCCCGGAGUCCGUCACUUGCACCGACACCCAAAGAACUCUUACCAAAGGAUCAUCAGCUGAGUGAUGACACAGUCCUGAACCAGAUUAACCUGGCAGACCCUUCUGAACACCAGCUCCCCGAUCUCACCGCAGAGGAACAGGCUCUUGUACUGGCAGUAUGCAUAGACUUUCAGAAGAAUAAUCCGGUUCACAAGUUAAAUGAUGAAGAGCUCCUGGCCUUCACAACGUGUUUGCUGUCUCAACCAAAGUUCUGUGCGGUGGAGGUGACAUCGUUGUGCUUGAGGGCUAAACUGGAGAGAGGAAGCUCAAGAAGAGUUGAACGUGCCAUGAUGCAAACACAGACACUGGUGGAUUUCUUCAGCGAGAAAAACUGUGACGUAACUGAAAGACUGAAGAUGUUUUAUGCAUGCAGGGCUCCGCCUCUUUGGGAUCUGCAGAGACAGUUGGCGAGUCUGUUGACUGAUUUGGGCCUGACAAGUUCUGCGCUGCUGAUCUAUGAACGGCUGGAGCUUUGGGAGGAUGCGGUCGUCUGUUUUGCGAGGAUGGGCCAGCACGGCAAGGCAGAGGAGGUUUUGAGGCGGGAACUGGAGAAAAAGGAGACCCCGUCUCUGUACUGCCUGUUAGGAGAUGUGCUGAAGGAUCCCCAGUAUUACGACCGAGCGUGGGAGCUUUCCAAACACCGUAGCGCACGCGCCCAAAGGUCUAAAGCUCUGCAUCACCUCCGGAACAAAGAGUUCCAGCAGUGUGUGGAAUGUUUUGAGCGCUCCCUCAAAAUCAACAGCAUUCAGCUUGGUGUGUGGUUCUCCCUGGGUUGCGCUUAUUUCGCGCUGAAAGGCUACGAGGGCGCCGCCAAAGCUUUCCAGAGGUGUGUCGGGAUGGAACCAGAUAAUUCUGAAGCAUGGAACAACCUCUCUACGGCGUACAUUAAACUGAGGAUGAAGGAGAAGGCGUUCCGCACUCUUCAGGAAGCACUCAAGUGUAAUUAUGAGCGAUGGCAGAUCUGGGAGAACUUCAUCGCUGUGUGUAUAGAUCUGGGCGAGUUCAGUGAAGCUAUCAGAGCGUACCAUCGUCUCAUGGACCUGAAGGACAAAUACAAGGAUGUGGAGGUGUUGGAAAUCCUUGUACGUGCAGUAGUUGACAAUCUGACGGAUCACCGUGGUGAACAGGCAUCCAAUCUUAAAUCAAAGUUGCAAGAGCUCUUUGGUCGAGUCUCUGCACGAUGCAGCACCGAUGCUCAGAUAUGGAGGCAGUAUGCUCGUCUUUAUGGCAAUGGCCAUAGCAACAACAUAGAAGAUAAUGAGAAGGCACUACAGUUUCUAAGUAAAGCCCAUCAGUGCGAGACGCAGGCCACAGGCUGGGAGAAAGACCUCAGCAGCUUCAGAUCUGUAGUGAAGGGGGCCAGAGACAUGGCUAAUGUGGCUAUCAGCUGUAGCAGGUCUAAGAACAACCCUCAAGAAAGUCUGCAGUUAUUGUCCUCAGCUCGACUCAGUCUGAAGAGUCUGGUCACCAAAGCUAAACAACUUUACACAGAUGUUGCCACGGGAGAUCUCCAUGACGAUCUCAGAGGUGAUGUCACAGAGCUCGAACGGCUCAUUACAGAACUGCAGGACCUGAGUGCCCAGCUGCGUAGCCAAUGAGCAAAGCCAUAUCGCUAUUAUCCCGCCUUUUUCUCCAGACUUUGAUUGGUGGAUUGACAGCUUUCGAUUGCUUAAACAGUAUUUUAACGUCAUGUUUUAAGCAAGAACUUCUCGUCUGGAGAACCUUUUUAUGGUUCAGGAAUUCAUCACCAUCACCUGUGUAUUGGUUCAAAUCAACAAAAAAUGGGAAAAGGAAUCGACCCUAAAAGGAAAGACUUUGGAACUGAGAUUAACAUUAACCAAUCUCGGGUCAGUCUUUAUUCUAAUCUCAAAUUCCAUUAUCACAUGAUCUGUGAUUCUUCGUGGUCCCUAAGGCUGGAACUGAAUAUCCCACUGGUGUUAUGUCCAAACGUGACUUUAUCCAACUUUAUAAUAAAUACUCAACUCUUU